CUUUUUCCACCCCAGCCGAUAUUAUUCCUGCCACCGACCUCAUCCCUCCUCACCACCUUCCCUCCGCCACACUCGUCCACCCACUCCACCCUCUUGCUCGUGUUCAAAAGCUCUAAAGACAAGAGCAUCUCUUCCCCCUUAGCACUUUGCAUUCCCCUCCCCUCUACAACCCAUUCUAAUCAAUCACCAUGGCCAGCGUCGUCGGUAUCGAUCUCGGCAACCUGUCCUCGAAGAUUGGUGUCGCCCGCCACCGCGGUAUCGACAUCAUCACUAACGAGGUGUCGAACCGUUCCACUCCUUCGCUCGUCUCGUUCACUCCUAGACAGCGCCUCAUCGGCGAGUCGGCUAAGACCGCCGAGACCUCCAACUUUAAGAACACUGUUGGCUCGCUCAAGCGCAUGAUCGGCCGCUCGCCCAACGACCCCGAGAUUGAGACCGAGGAGAAGAAGUUCAUCAACGCUCAGCUCGUCGACGUCGCCGGACAGGUCGGUGUCAAGGUCAACUACCUUGGCGAGCAGGAGGACUUCUCGUACACCCAGCUCGUCGGCGCCUACCUCGGCAAGCUCCGUGACACUGCUGCCGCCGAGCUGAAGCAGGCCGUCUCGGACGUCGUCAUCGCCGUCCCCGGCUUCUACACCGACAUCCAGCGCCGCGCCCUCAUUGACGCCUGCCAGAUUGCCGGUCUUAACCCUCUCCGCCUCAUCAACGACACCACCGCCACCGCCCUCGGUUACGGUAUCACAAAGUCGGACCUCCCCGAGUCCCAGGAAGAGGCCCGCCACGUCGUCUUCGUCGACGUCGGCCACUCGUGCUACUCGGUCGCUGUUGUCGCCUUCUCCAAGGGCCAGCUCGUCGUCAAGGGUGUUGCCCACGACCGCAACUUUGGUGGCCGUAACUUCGACUACGCCCUUGUCGAGCACUUCGCCAAGGAGUUCAACGCCAAGUACAAGAUUGACUGCUUCUCGUCGCCUAAGACCAUCUUCCGUCUCACCGCUGGCUGUGAGCGCCUCAAGAAGGUCCUCUCGGCAAACACGGAGGCUCCCAUCAACGUCGAGUCGCUCGCCCCAGACAUUGAUGCCAACGGCUCGCUCACCCGUGCCGAGUUCGAGGCUAUGAUCGCCCCCCUGCUUGACCGGUUCCAGGGCCCCCUCGACGCUGCCCUGAAGCAGGCUGGCCUUACCAAGGAGCAGGUCCACUCGAUUGAGCUUGUUGGUGGCUCGACCCGUGUCCCCGCUAUCAAGGAGCGUCUCCAGGCCUACUUCGGCAAGCCUCUGUCGUUCACCCUCAACCAGGACGAGGCUGUUGCCCGUGGUGCCACCUUCGCUUGCGCCUCGCUCUCGCCCGUCUUCCGCGUUCGCGAGUUUGCCGUCCAGGACAUCACCCCCUACCCCAUCCAGGUCGGAUGGGAGAAGGAGCCCGGAAACCCCGACGAGGACACUGAGCUUAUCGUGUUCAAGGAGGGCAACGACAUCCCCUCGACCAAGCUCCUCACUUUCUACCGCCAGGGCCCCUUCUCGAUCGACGCCAAGUACCACCCCUCGGCUGACAUCUCGAAGGGCACCAACCCCGAGAUCGGCCGCUUCACCGUCAAGAACGUUGAGAAGACCGCCUCGGGCGACCUUGCCUGCGUCAAGGUCAAGACUCGUCUUAACCUUCACGGCAUCCUCUCUUUCGAGGGCGCCUACCAGGUGGAGGAGGUUGAGAAGGAGGAGGUUAUUGUGACCGGCGAGGGCGAGGACAAGAAGGAGGAGAAGAAGAUGGUCAAGAAGCUCGUUCGCAAGGGCGACUACCCGGUCAUCGCCCAGUACAACACCAUCCCCUCCAACCUCAUCAACGACUACCAGGAGGCUGAGGGCAAGAUGGCCGCUUCGGACAAGCUUGUCAUGGAGACUGAGGAGCGCAAGAACGCCCUCGAGGAGUACGUCUACGAGACCCGCGGCAAGCUUGACGACCGCUACAAGCUCUACGCCCAGGCCUCGGAGAAGGAGACUCUCCUGGCCGGCCUUACCGAGGCCGAGGACUGGCUCUACACCGACGAGGGUGAGGACGCGCCCAAGUCGGCGUACGUUGCCAAGCUCGACGCGCUCAAGAAGAUCGGCGACCCCAUCGCCCUCCGCUGGCGCGAGAACGAGGCCCGGCCCAAGGCUGCUGCCCAGCUCCGCGAGGUCUGCAACGACUUCUUGAGCAAGGCUCAGAACGGCGAGGAGCAGUACUCGCACAUUUCGGACGAGGACAAGCAGAAGGUUAUUGAGAAGUGCGCCAACACUCUGUCGUGGCUUGAGAACCAGCUCGCCCGCCAGGCCGAGAAGCCCAAGAACGUCAACCCCGUUGUCACUUCUGAGGAGAUGAACACCCGCAGGGAGGACGUUCAGUACACUUCGGCCUCGAUCAUGAACCGCCCCAAGCCCAGGGCGAAAGUCGAGACCCCUGGGACCCAGACUCCUAAGGACGACAAGAUGGACCAGGACCCGCCGGCCGAGCAGCAGGAGAUGGACAUCGACUAGAGCCAUGUAUGAGAGAGCGCAGUGUAGGGGAUAGAUGCAUCAUGUUUGAACGCA